CUCUUCGCUUGAUCUCCAUCGACCCCUUUAAAUAAUCUCCUGCCACGUCUCGUCCCGCCGUCUGAUCUGCAGCGCUACACAGCACACACCGAGUUGAUCUUCCUAAUCGGAGCCCAUCACCACCAGUUCAAUCUCUCUCUUCGUCUCUUUGUCUCUGUGCAAUGGCCACAGGAAUCAACGCCGACCUGGUCAGCCCCCCUCCGCUUCCCCUCGACGGCCGCGUAGCCAUCGUCACCGGCGGAUCCCGCGGCAUCGGCCGCGCGAUCGCCUCCCACCUCCGCUCCCUCGGCGCAAGGCUCGUCAUCAACUACGCCUCCAGCUCGGCCCAAGCCGACGCCGUCGCGGCCGAGCUCAACUCGCCGUCCGCGACUCCGCUCGCUAUCGCAGUCAAGGCCGACGUCUCCGAUCCCGAGCAGGUCAAGCACCUCUUCGACGAGGCCGAGCGCGCGUUCGGGUCCCCUGCCCACGUCUUUGUCAACUGCGCCGGCGUCAUGGACCCGAAAUACCCCAGCCUCGCUGACACAACGGUGGAGGACUGGGACUCGACCUUCAAGGUCAACGCGCGGGGCGCGUUCCUCGGGUGCCGGGAGGCUUCGAACCGGCUGAGGCGCGGCGGUGGGGGGAGGAUCGUGAUGGUGACGACGUCGGUCGUCGGUGGCCUGUUCCCCGGGUACUCAGCCUACGCGGCGUCUAAGGCGGCGGUGGAGACGAUGACGAAAAUCGCGGCGAAGGAGCUGAAGGGGACAGGGAUCACGGCCAACUGCGUCGCGCCGGGACCCGUGGCGACAGAGCUGUUCUUCUCCGGGAAGACGGAGGAGAUGGUGAAGAGGGUGGUGGACGCCUGUCCGCUGGGGCGGCUCGGGGAAGGGAAGGACGUGGCGGAGGUGGUGGGGUUCUUGGCGAGCGACGCCGGGGAGUGGGUCAAUGGCCGGGUGAUUAGAGUCAAUGGGGGAUUCGUCAUUUGAUUAUGUCAAAGGGCUAGGUUCGUCGUUGACCUGUUUGACGAAAUGCGAUUUGCUGUGGCUGGGGAAUCACACGCCUCUAUCUACUCUCUUGUAGAAGGUAACUAAGGUGCCCUUUUCUGGCCGAUUGUAACGUACUUUGUAUAGUAUUAAGCUCUAAAUAUUUGAUU